UAGUGUCCAAGGAAAGGGGAAAAAAAACCAAAAGGAAAGGAGAAAAAAAAGAAGAAACAUGGCCAUGAAGAGAAACGCAGCUGUGAAGAGAGCAGUGCAAGUGCUCCAAAGAAGCAUAUCAUGCUCUAAAAACAGGAGCCCAUUUCUCUCCAAUGGCAUAGUCCCGAAGGAUGUGAAAGAGGGCCACUUUGUAGUCAUAGCAGUGUGUGAUGAGAAGCCCCCCAAGAGAUUUGUGGUCUCCUUGAGCUGCCUCUCCCACCCUUUGUUCCUGAACCUCCUCGAGCUCGCCGCCGACGAGUUCGGGUUCCGGCACGACGGCGCCCUCGCGGUCCCGUGCCGACCCUGCGAGUUCGAGAGGAUCAUCAACCAGAUGUAACGGAUCAUGAAAAUGAGGAGAGGAUCAGGAAUGAGGAUUAAUGAUGAGUUUAUGUUGUAUAGAUAUAUAUAUA